AUGCCCCUCCGCCUCAGGGCCGAACGGGAAGCCGGGGCCUUUUGUGGAUUUUUUUCUUCUUGGCGUUUCCAUGGCGAAGGAGGUCGUGCCCCGGAAGAGAAGCCGCCAUCUUGCCGAGUGACCCCGGGAGCUGUGCCGGGAGCGGGAAGAGGUGGGCUCCGAGCAGCCCCUGAAACGCGACGGUCUCCUCUCCUCCGCGAAGGUACCGAGAGCAAGUGCCUGCCCUUAGCCCCAACCCCCCGCUUCCCUCCGGGGGAGACGCCCGGAGCCAUAGGGCCGCCCCAACCUCGGUGGGACUGGCGGGGCUCUUCCUUCGGACCCCCGGCUCGGAGGGGAGGGGAGAAAGAGUUCCUUGAUCUCUUGAGUUCCAGUUUCCUCUGAGGGCCUUUCAUUUUCCUCAUCGUGCACUCAAUAUAUAUAUAUUAAUAAUUAUAUCUAUAUAAUUCGUAUUGUGGUAGGCUGGAGGGAGAGGGGAAAUCUGCCAGUCGCCGUCACCGCCAUCUCCGAAAUCCACCGGAUUCCGAUGCUGCUUACUGUCUUGUUCUUUUAAACAACCUUUAUUGUACAGCAAUUAACAUCAAUUUACAUAUAACUUAUAAGAAUUAACUUAGUACAUACAGUAUAUACCACACACAGUACACACACUACAACAUACACACACCAUAAACACUAACUUCCGAUUCUUCUCAUUGUGCUAUUUUACAUUUUGUUAGUUUAUACACAUUUCGUUAUUGUUUUGCUUUCCCAUUUAUUAUCAAGAACAUUUUGCUAUAUGCUUUCUCUAUAUUUCAAGAUUCAUUCUAAGUCUGCCAGGAGAUUGACGUCACAAUAAUUUUUAAUAAAUCUGACUUCACAAUAAUUUAAUUUAAAAUACAUAUAUGAUGUUUCCCCAUAACCCAACUUUCCGAUUAAGUUGUGGGGCCUAGAUAGAGGCAACGCUGCCACAGGGUGCUUGAUUGCAUCUCCAUUUGAGAUUUCAUACCUAGUUUUGUGGGAUGUGAAUAUAGGUUGUAUUUUUUUCAAAGGCUUUUCCUCACCUUUUGGAACCUUUUUUGGCAUUUCUUUUACUCUGUCUAGUGGAGUCUUCUCUGUCUUUUGCUUAGAAAAUAAAUAAAGGAUAACUUUGAUGGAUCUUGUAAUGGAUAGAGCUUUAAAUAGAUGUAUUUCUCUUAUUUGUUGAUAUUAUUACCUCUUGGAUAAAACACAAUUGACAACAUGGCUAAAUAUUAUAAUUUGCAAAAAUACCGGAUUGUUUCAUUGUCUCUGUUUAUUCUGUGUGCCUUCAGUUUGCCCGCCCUCCACUCAUCCUUCAUGGCAGCGUGGACCCGUGAAGCAGUGCUGAACCUCUAUCGCGCUCUGCUGCGUCAGGGACGUGGCCUGCGCUAUACUGACCGUGAUUUCUACUUCGACACAAUCCGACGUGAAUUCCGCAAGAAUCAACAUCUUGAGCAGCUCAAAGAUAAGGAGAGACAGCUGGAGAAGGGCCAGGCUUUCUUGCACUCCAAACUCGGGGGGUUGGUUUAGAGACUUCCCUUCCCGCCCCCACCUGUUUUCUCACCACUUUCCUUUUCAUCAACGCUUUUGACCAUCUGGGCUAGAUGGUCAAUAUUGGCUGUGUGGUACAAACUUGAAAAAGGAAUCCCAAAAGUGUCCUGCCUGGGAGUAUUCCCCAUUCUUCACAGAUGCAGUAAACCCCAGGUAGGUUGUUUUCCAGGCAGAAAGUGCUCUCUUACUUCUUCAGAAUCUUUAUAAAUGACUGUAGAUCUGUCCUAAAGCACUACUUUGAAUGACUAAAUGUAAAAUGACUAGGAUAUAUGGGAGCCAGAGUAGUUCCAGGAGGCUUGCAGAUCACACUGCAAGGAGUGACCUAUACAUUUGGUGGUAAGAACAAGUGAAAUGCAUAACUGCAGGGGUUGGGAAAACUCCCAUCUAGCUUUUGAUGGUUUUUCAUAGUGGAAAGAUCUAUUUCUUUCUCUUAUUACAACUAUUUUUAUGAUCUGGAAAUCAGUUUAUGAAAACUUGAGAUAAUUUUGUCUUGAGUUUAUUUUUAAAGAGCAUACCGUUUUUCAUAUAUUCUCAUUUGCCUUAGGAACUUAGUUUUAUUUAGCAGUAAAAGACAGAGACUUGGGUUUGGUUGUUGAGCUGCAUUCAAUUCCUUAUUCAGCCAUGAAGUUCACUGAAAGGACUCGGGGAAAUCUCAGCCUAAGCUGUGUCAGAGUUGUGUGUACAAGUUGUGAAGCAUGUUAUCCCGUGAUGAGUUUGGUAGAAUGGAUAAUUAGGUUCUUUGUAACCACCAGUGGGACAGAGUGAGAUUCUAGCUUUAAUCAGGAAGCAGAGAAUGACAAAUGGGCAAAAUGAAAUAUGUUAACAGUUGUGUUUGGUUUUUCUCUUCCCAUAAAGGAGCAAUGGCAGGCGCUGGAGAGCGCAAAGGAAAGAAGGAUGACAAUGGCAUUGGCACAGCCAUUGAUUUUGUAUUGUCCAAUGCUCGACUUGUCCUGGGUGUGGGAGGUGCUGCCAUGCUGGGGAUUGCCACCUUGGCUGUUAAGCGGGUAAGAGUGAACAUUGUGAGUGAAAGGGUGUCUAAACUUUGGGGUAUGAUAAAGAUGCAAUGGGAGUUUUCUGUCCUGUGGGUCCAAAUACAGACCAAAGUGAAGGAUUGACUGGUGCUCUGAAGGACCCAGUUGCAGGGAUUCCAAAGAAAGAUGCACAAAACACCAGAGUAAUCAGUUCUAAUGUUUUAUUAUAAGGAUAUAUAUAUAAGAGACAUACAAGGCAACAUAGAAUUCCUUGCCAUUACACCUCAGGAUGGACGCUGAAGCUAUAAGCACCACCAUGCUUCGUCUCUGAGGGGCUAAUAGCUUGUGUGUUACUUAUACAGAAAACAAGCUAUAUAAACUGGCAGAAAUAAUCCAAUUAAUCACACUGUUUUAGGGGCCUGUUCCCCACUCACAUCCAUCUCUCAGAUAAGUGGGUAGCUGACAGGUAGAAGCUUCCCUUUUCCCAACUAGCCAAGCCAGCAGUCAAGGCUUCAAAGCAAGCAGAUAAGCUCAUUUUACAGCUCACAUUGAUUAGUCCCAUGUUUGCUUGACUACCAAGAUGAAGUUUACAGGCCUUCCAGGACGGUUUCACCUUUGGGUUCUACAGAGGGAGGCUGUGGAAAUGAAGGCUUUUGACUGGAUCAUACACUUAAUUUCUUGUCUCCCCGCUUUCUUGCUUCAGAUGUAUGACCGGGCAAUCAGUGCUCCAGCCAGCCCCACUCGCAUGAGUCAGUCAGGAAAGAGAAGCUGGGAGGAACCAAGUUGGCUUGGAUCAUCAUCUCGGUUAUUGAACCAAGAUAUGAAGACUAAUAUUAGCCGCUCUCUGCAGACUCUUCCCACUGAUUCUUCAGAUUUUGAUAUAGGUGAGGGACAUCCUGUAACUCUUCUGCAACUUCUUACAUAAGUUGGUUGCCAAACAGGUAAACCUUUCACCUUUACAUGUUCUGGUGUCUAAAAACAGUUAGUUAAGAAAGGAUCUUAUUUUUGGAAGAGAGCCUACAGAUCAGUAAGUCCAGCACAUUCUUCUGAGGAAGAAUACUGCUGACCCAAUGUAUUCCUGACAAGUACUGUUCUAGUGCCUUAUGUGAAAAUCUCCAGGGAACAAGAGCAUCUUUUUCAAAUCAGUCAGUUUAUUUUACACUGUACUUUCAACAAAGAUAUUUGUGCUCAAAGCAGUUUACAGAAAACAGGCUGUCCAAAUUAUUACAAUUAUCAUAUAUAUAAGAGAAAUUAUAUCACUACAUCAUAACACUAACAGUGUGCAGGAAGAGCACAUGGGUACUUUUCAGUUUGUCCUCAUAAGGAAGAUUAAAGCUAGGAGGUUGUACUGUUUUUGUCAGGAAAAUGACAUGAAUUAAAGGGUGUUGUUGCUGUCUGUAUCAAGAUGCACAUUGCCAUUACUUUUAAAGAAAGGUUAAAAGUAUGGUCAAUGAUUUUUUGUCUCACAUAGUUUAAUCCCCAGUGUUUCCAAAUUCAAUAGAGGUGCAAUUCAGUACAGGCAAUUUGUACCUAAUGAAUCCUGUGUGGUGCAAUAUUGAGGCCUGCUGUUCUCUCUCCAACCUAUCCUGGCAGAUUUGAUCAAACCCACAAAGCAGAAAUCAUCCAUCAAGAAGAGUCAGGUGGAGCUGAAGAAGUCCCGCCUCCGAAUGUCCUUGCAAGAGAAGCUGUUUGCGUAUUACCGGAGGAAGGUGGCCAUCCCUACAGAAGAGCAGGCGAAAGCCAAGCAGGCUGCUGUAGAUAUAUGUGCAGAACUACGUGGUUUCCUCCGUGCCAAGCUGCCAGACAUGCCUCUGCGUGAAAUGUACCUGAGUGGUAGCCUCUAUGAUGAUUUGCAGGUAAUUUGGAUGGGUGGGAAGGUUUACAUAUUCUUCAAUAGGUGUGAUAGAGAAAGAGAACAUGCAAACUUUAUUGUUGCCAGUGUUUCUCUCAGCAUCAUGUUCUUGUGCCUAGAAUUGUCUGUGGUCAUGUUUCUUGGCUUUUUGGUGAUUUGAUCUUGCAUAGGAAAUAAUUUGUUCUCCCCAAUACUGUACAGUGGUACCUCUGGUUACGUACUUAAUUCGUUCCGGAGGUCCGUUCUUAACCUGAAACUGUUCUUAACCUGAAGACCACUUUAGCUAAUGGAGCCUCCUGCUGCUGCCGCCGCUGCGCGAUUUCUGUUCUCAUCCUGAAGCAAAGUUCUUAACCCGAGGUAAUAUUUCUGGGUUAGCGGAGUCUGUAACCUGAAGCGUAUGUAACCCGAAGCGUAUGUAACCCGAGGUACCACUGUAAAGUACUUUCCUUCCUUUUUGCAAUUUUAAUGUCCUCUCUUUCCGACUGAGCAAGAUUCAAAUCUUUCUCUAUCUUUUCUCGCCCACAUCUGUUCCUGACUGUGCAUGGUCCUUCUACAUUAUUUAGUCUCUUCUGUUCUUUUCAAUACAUAAUGGGCAUGGGAGCCAUUCCUUCAUGCUACCCUGAUGAACAUAUAGCCUUUAAGUGAGCAAUUCUGAAUGGACGUACUUGAUUCAACGCUACAUCAAGACUUCUAUGUGUAGGAUUUUGUAUUAGAUAAAACUUAAAUUUACACCUAAUGGUGAUGGUGAUUUCCUUGGAGAAACGUAUCAUGUUUCAUCAAACUCAGUCUUUAAAUAGUUGUCUUUUGGCUUUUGACAAUAAAAGCAUAGAAGCAGCAAUGUCCCAGGUUCAGCCCCUGCCACUCCAGGUAGGUCUGAGAAAGACUCCUGUGUGAAAAACCCUGGAUAUUUGUUGCCAGUUGAUGAAUAAACAUUUGUGAGCUAGAUAGAACAAUGGUCUGAUUCAGUGAAUGGCUCCCUGUUUUCUAUUACAUGCCCUUGGCUCUUUUAUUGCAUUCACCAUAAAUGUGAACAGUUACGUUUUAUUUUGAGGAAGCAAUUUCAUUUCUUUGUUUCUUACAUUCUUAGCAUUCUUCUCGGGCUUUAGUUAAUGUAAAUGCACUCCACUUGAGGGGCUUAGGAUAGGUUGCAACACAUUUAAAUCUAUAUAUGACUAAAUACUCAAAACAUCUCAAGAAAAAAAUUGCACAACCUCUACAGAAUUAAAAACAUCAGGUAAGCUUCACCUACAUGCAGACUUACUCCUAUUCACUAAAACUCAGGCAACUCCCCCGUCUGUCUCUCUGGUCUGUAUCUAAGGAAUGCCUAUCUGCAAAUCAUCACUGAGCAUGUGAAUGGCAUCUCAGUAAGGUGGUAGUUUCUUUGAAGCAUAAACUCUGCUUUUAUUUCCUUCUUACUGUUUAAUUUAUGAGGAACUAUUUCUAAUGCUGCCUCUGAUACAUCAGCAUGUUCUAGCACGGCACCGAGCAUCAUAGAGAUCCCAGCUCAACGUUCCUUUGCAUUCCAGCCUUCCCCUUAGCCAAAUAGUGUGGCCUUUUAAGGGCCUUAGAAAACCUCUUCUUUUUCUCCCCCCUGGCAGGUUGUGACUGCUGAUCACAUCCAGCUCAUGGUUCCUCUGGUGUUGGAACAGAACCUGUGGUCUUGCAUUCCAGGUGAAGACACCAUUAUGAACAUCCCUGGCUUCUGCCUGGUACGUCGGGAAAACCCAGAAUACUUCCCUCGUGGUAGCAGUUACUGGGACCGCUGUGUGGUGGGGGGCUACCUUUCACCCAGGGCAGUGUCUGGCACCUUUGAGAAAGUUGUGGCAGGCUCCAUCAACUGGCCAGCUAUUGGGACCCUCCUAGACUACGUGAUCCGUCCAGCAGCACCCUUGGAAUCUCUGACAUUGGAGGUCCAGUAUGAAAGAGAUCGGCGCCUUUUCAUAGACUUCUUGCCAUCUGUGACACUAGGUGACACUGUCUUGGUAGCCAAACCACACCGACUGGCCCAGUAUGAUAAUCUGUGGCGGCUCAGUCUUCGGCCGGCAGAGACAGCUCGCCUGCGGGCCUUAGACCAGGCUGAUUCUGGCUGCCGUUCCUUGUGCCUCAAGAUCCUCAAGGCCAUAUGCAAGCUGAACCCGGCGUUGAGUCACCUUUCUGCCAGCCAGCUUACCAACGUCAUACUUCACCUGGAGGAGACUGACUGGUCACAAGACAUGCUCGCUGACCGUUUUCUGCAGGCCUUGAAAGGGCUCAUUGGCUAUUUGGAAGCAGGGGUUCUUCCCAGCGCUUUGAAUCCCAAGGUGAACUUGUUUUCAGAGCUUACUCCUGAAGAGGUGGAUGAGUUGGGUUACACUCUGUACUGUUCCCUUUCGGAACCAGAGGUCCUCCUGCAAACAGAAUAG